AUGGCGUGCACAGUGUACUACGGCAAGAGGGAGAACUUGGAGGAGAGCGUGGAGGAGAACGAGGGCCUUUCCGCGGACGCGGGCGGCACCACGUGGCAGGAGUCCGAGGACGCGCAGCAUGAGAUGAUCGAGGAGGUGCGGUCCGAGAAGGAUGUUUUCGGGGGCGCGCAGAUGGAGCUGGAGGGCAUCGACAUCGACGUGAACGGCAUCAUGCACGAGCCCGCACAGGAGAAGUACGGUGUCAAGCCCAACCAGAUCACCAUCCCGAACGAGAGAUGGCCUGGCGACGCCAUCCCCGACGGUGACGCCGCGCUGUUCCUGCAGAGGUACGUGGUGUUGGUCUCGCACGUGGCGCUGAUUAUGAUACUAGACCUGGUCGCUGCGUGGUUCCUGAUCGAGAUGUUGGCCUUCGAAGUGCCACCGCAACGGAAGGCCGCUCCACGCGAGCCUGCAGAGGGCCUGGCCGACGGUCUCGACAUGAAUCAGCGGUAUGAGAAGGAUGUUACGCAGAGUGAGCUGGAGGGCUUCGUCAACCCCACCAUGCUGGAAAAGCACCAGCUCGCCGACAUGCUAUAUGAUAAGCUGGUAUCCAUGGCACGAGAGGGGGCGGAGACGCCGCACGCCGGCUUGGAGGACUGGGCCUCGGAUAUCUUGGACAGCGCAUUGCAAGCGUGGGAGGACAUAGGCGUCGUUGACAGGACUGACGACGUUCGACUGGUCAUCGACGUCGACGGCCUGAGGAGGUUGAGGGGCCAG